CGCCGAGCCCCGGAGGCUCCGUUCCGGCCGUCUCGCCGCCCGUGAGCUGCCCAGUCUCGGCCGAGUCUGCGUUCGGGCUGGGCUGGAGGAGGCAGACACGCGCGCACACGCACACGCCGGCGGAGGGCGAGCGGCGGCGGCACCAUCUGCAGUGUCAAUGCGGAGCUCCAGCUGAACCAGGAGGAGACGCGGCGCCUCCAGGGGAGACACCACCGCUGAGACCUGGCCCUGUGAGGAGACCCCCUGCCUGACUGCUGCUGUGGCCACAAGGACCUAUCUCUGAAAUGAAAGCCAUGCCUUGGAACUGGACUUGCCUGCUGUCCCAUCUCCUGAUGGUGGGCAUGGGUUCCUCCACUCUGUUGCCCCGGCAGCCUCCCUCAGUCUCUCAGAAGCGGCCUUUGGUCACAUUCCGAGGGGAGCCCACGGAGGGCUUCAACCAUCUGGUGGUGGAUGAAAGGACAGGGCACAUUUACUUGGGGGCGGUCAACAGGAUCUACAAGCUCUCCAGUGACCUGAAAGUUCUGGUGACCCACCAGACAGGGCCGGACGAGGACAAUCCCAAGUGCUACCCACCCCGUAUUGUCCAGACCUGCAAUGAGCCGCUGAGCACCACCAACAAUGUCAACAAGAUGCUGCUCAUAGACUACAAAGAGAACAGGCUCAUCGCCUGUGGGAGCCUCUACCAGGGCAUCUGCAAGCUCCUGAGGCUGGAGGACCUUUUUAAACUGGGGGAGCCCUUCCAUAAGAAGGAGCACUACCUGUCCGGAGUCAAUGAGAGUGGCUCUGUGUUUGGAGUGAUCGUCUCCUACAGCAACCUGGACGACAAGCUCUUCAUUGCCACGGCAGUCGACGGGAAGCCCGAGUAUUUUCCCACCAUCUCCAGCAGGAAGCUGACCAAGAACUCGGAGGCCGAUGGCAUGUUCGCCUACGUCUUCCAUGAUGAGUUUGUGGCCUCGAUGAUUAAGAUCCCUUCGGACACCUUCACUGUCAUCCCGGACUUCGAUAUCUACUAUGUCUAUGGCUUCAGCAGUGGCAACUUUGUCUACUUUUUGACCCUGCAGCCUGAGAUGGUGUCUCCCCCGGGCUCCACCACAAAGGAGCAGGUCUAUACAUCCAAGCUGGUGAGGCUUUGCAAGGAGGAUACGGCCUUCAACUCCUACGUGGAGGUGCCCAUUGGCUGUGAGCGCGAUGGGGUUGAGUACCGCCUGCUGCAGGCCGCCUACCUGUCCAAAGCUGGGGCUGUGCUGGCCCGGACCCUCGGGGUCCGUCCGGAUGAUGAUCUCCUCUUCACGGUCUUCUCCAAGGGCCAGAAGCGGAAGAUGAAGUCUCUGGAUGAGUCAGCCCUGUGCGUCUUCAUCUUGAAGCAGAUCAACGACCGCAUCAAGGAGCGGCUGCAGUCCUGCUACCGCGGCGAGGGCACGCUGGACCUGGCCUGGCUCAAGGUCAAGGACAUUCCCUGCAGCAGUGCGCUCUUGACCAUUGAUGACAACUUCUGUGGCCUGGACAUGAACGCCCCGCUGGGCGUGUCCGAGAUGGUACGGGGCAUCCCAGUCUUCACCGAAGACAGUGACCGCAUGACUUCCGUCAUCGCCUAUGUCUACAAGAAUCACUCCCUGGCCUUCGUGGGCACCAAGAGUGGCAAGCUGAAGAAGCUGGGAAGGAGUCUUUGCCGCCAUUCAUGUUUGAUGAAGAGAGCGGCACAGGCGAGAUGAACUACUCCGUAAGCAAACAGUGCUGGAGGCGAGAUGCUAAGCUGCCUGUGAAAUCCGAAAGCCUGGAAGGUGAUCCACUGCCUGGCUCCUGGAGGCUGCAGGCUGACUUGCAAGGACAGGAAGGUGCAGGUGGGGCUGGUCAAGGUCAUGGUCAGCAUGUCUUCCUGAGGACAGUCACUGACGCCCCCAAACCCCAGUUGCAGAUGGUCUUAUUGGAUGGCAUGGUCGCCAUGGCCUGCCUUCAUGUGGGCUGAGACCAGGGGGCUGGGAGGCCCUCUCGUGCCUCAGCGGUGACUGACCAGGGCUCCUGAACAGUGCUGUUUAUAGCCGCGGGGAUUGAAGAGUUUGGCCUUCCAAAAAGAAACGCCCUUUAAGGGAGGGUACUGGGGAGAGCUGAACAGAGUGUAAAUGAGGAGAAGCAGCCACUUAAUUGGGAUGCAGUGGGCAGGGGGACUUCCAGCAUCACCUGGGCACGGAGCUGCAGCACAGAAGCAAGCUUUGCCUCCCGCCCCAUGUCUUUGGCUAGUUGUACUUCUCACCAAGCCCUGGAUGGUUUUCCCCUUGGCAUGUUAACUCCAAGGACUCUUGGAAGAACUUUGUACAGCCACCGGGGCCAGCACCGUCAUAGCUGGUGAUGAAAAAGGUCUCCUUACAUUUCCUUAGCUCUCUACAGUGUUCGAAGCAGCAACACUUUCAAACCCUUAUGUAAAUGUGAUUCUCACUGUAAGUAUCACUGCGAAGCAGGCACAGCCAGUGUCAUCAUGGCCAUUUUACAGAUGAGGAAGUUGAGGCUCCAUAAGCUUAAGGAAUUUGUCCAAAGUCAGGUGGAUGAACUGAGACUGAAAUGCUACUGUCCACCUCUACCAGCCAGGGUUCUCCAGAGAAACAGAACCAAUAGGAUAUAUAUAUAUAUAUAUAUACAUAUAUGUACACAGAUCUGGGUGGUACCCCUGGGAAUGGGGAGGACAGGAGUCAGCCUGGUCUUCCUUGGUGUCUCCUAGUGACACUUCUGCCCAUUAUUUAUGCAAGUGUCUCUUUGACACUGUGAAAAGCACAGGAAGCUUGUCCCAGGGCGGUAGCUCACUCUUGGUGGCUGCCCACCUCAUGCAUUUUUUUCCUCUAAGAAAGAUGGGACAUUUUCUGGAUUUCAACACAAGUGUGUGUUUGAAUUGAUAACCAUAUUGCUUAAUGAGAAUUGUAAUCUUUCUGUUGGUAUGAGCUCUUCACAAGGAUUUGUUUGGAAGUGAAAAUACCAUUGCUAGUCCUGAUGUUUCUAUAUGUCUCAGCGGCAAGGUCGCCAAAAUGGAAUUUGGUAGAACUAGAAAGUGUAGUUGGAGUCCCUGGUGGAAACAGUUAAUGCUUGGCUACUAACCAGAAGGUUGGAGGUGCAAUUUUACCCAGAGGGGCCUCGGAAGAAAGGCCUGGCGAUCUACUUCUGAAAAAUCAGCCACUGACAACCCAGUGGAGCACAGUUCUACUCUGACACACAAGGGGUCACCAUGAGUUGGAGAUGACUCCACGGCAACUCGUACUUCUAGAAACCGUGGCUAGGGCUGGAGUGUUUAAAAAGUGGUGAGCCUUUUGCAAGAGUAGAAGAAAAGCCCAGAACCAGCCCAGGCUCCGGUAGCCCAGGAAGACUCCGGGAGCGUUCAUCUCAGCAGCUGUCUGAUGGCUGCCCUCUGAUCCCCAUCAGUAACUCAUCGUCAGAGGACUCACCUCACCCGCCCUCCUGCCGCCUCUGGCUCAGACCUCCGCCCUGCAGCUCACUAUCUGAGAUCCCACUUGUUUUGUGAAGGAGCUUGCCUUGCGGCAUUAAGCCACGGUAGAUCAGCCCCUCAGAACUGAGCGCGAUACCCCCGGAUAGAAUUACAAGUGACAGGAGAGAUGAAUUCAUCACCAUGAGCAGUUCCUAAUGAACACAAUGGCUCGUGCUAAUGGGAACCGUAAGGACUGAGGCACGGAUUAAAGCAGCCGAGGCUUUCCAACGCAGAUGCCCCUAAUAAAUCACAUAUUUCAACUCAUCGACUUACUCCUUGGGUCCACUUCUAAUCAAGACCAGGAUGAGCUGCCCCCUUCUGAGAGUGGGCAUGAUCAGGAGCCCUGCUACCAUCUUGGUUGGGCCCAGGUCAGCAUGGAAUGGCUCCUGGGUGCUGUCUGUUGUACCGCUCCACAAUCAAUCCCAGCUGCCGGGCCAGGGUUGGGGGCCCCAAGGCACCUGAGCCGCAGGUCUGCGCCAUCCCUCAUACUCCCAUUAAACUCUGGGCCUCUACCACGUGGGAGAGUUUAAGGGGAAAAUGAGAUUUUAUUAAAGCCAGGGGACCUCCCUGGCUGAGCAGAACAUCUAAUAAGAGCCGUGAUGGUUUCUUAUCUCAUAUGAAAGUUUCCCGUUUCCCCAGAUUCCUCCCUCUGGCUGCCACUGGAUCUCCCGCCUGCACCCUCCAUUUUCAUGGGUGCCUUGUUAUUUAAAGCCACUGCUAAAAAGCCAAAAGUGGUUUGUCGCCAUGCCAUCAACAGCUGUCCCCUGCCUAGUGAAGGCCCAGUGAUUUUGUGUAUAUGUGUUUUAAAGUCUGAACAUAGUGACUUCCAAAAAAAGAAAACUUGCCAUCAAGUUGAUUCCGACUCAUGGAGAACCAAUGUGUUACAGAGUUGAACUGCUCCAUAGGGUUUUCUUGGCUGCAAUGUUUCAGAAGCAGAUUGCCAGGCCUUUCUUUCAUGGAACCACUGGGUGGGUGUGAGCCAUCAACCUUAAGGUUAGUAGUUGAGAACGAACCAUUGGCACCACUCAGGGAUAUGCUCUAGGCUCCCAUCUAUAAGCUGCCGUGGACUGGCCUAACCUGAGAAUCCUAGCAAGCGGGAAACUGAGGCCUGGCAGGCCCGUUUUUCCUUUUCUUUUCUCUUGCCUUCUUCUCCAGACCUUGGGGAGGAUGUGACAAGGCUGGGCUGGGCCAUGACCAGGUCCUCUGGAGAAGACUCGGGCUUGCUGGAGGUACCGGUCAUUGCAACCAAGCAUGAGCUUGGCAAGGAAGCUCAGCCUGAGACUCUGAGUUGCCAGGAUUCCCACCCCGUGUUCCACAGCCUUCCUCUUUAUUCUACUGCCUGGCUGCAUUGGGCCCUUGCCACCUUCACACCUGGAAAUUGUUGCCCGUGCAGAAUGGGGACAAUGAGACUUAGCCACCACCUAGCACUCUGAUGGAAACCCUGGUGGCAUGGUGGCUAAGAGCUAUGGCUGCUAACCGAAAGGUCAGCAAUUCGAGUUCUCCGGCUGCUCCUUGGAAACUCUGUGGGGCAGCUCUACUCUGUCCUGCAGGGUCACUAUGAGUCAGAAUCGACUUGACAGCAACGGGUUUGGUUUGUGUUUUGGUUUAAUAUUCUGAAGAUGAAAAGGGUAGCGGAUGUUAAGGGCUUAGAAAAACGCCCAGCCCAUAAUACCAGCGCCAGUAGCUGCUGAGUCAGCUCCGACCCAUGGUGAUCCCAUGUGUGCCAGAGUAGAACUGUGCCCCAUAGGGUUUUCAAUGUCUGAGUUUUUGGAAGUAGAUCUCCAGGCAUUACUUGGGAGGUGCCUUUGGGUGGACUUGAACCUUCAACCUUUCAGUUAGUAGCUGAGCGCGUUAAUCUUUUACAUAGCCCAGGGACCUCCCUAGCCUGUAGCAGGUACUCAGUAAAUGUUUGUGUCAGACAAUUGGCAUUGCAUUGGGGUAUUUCAUGUUGUGGUGCCCCGUGGUUUCACUAGUAGGUGCUUAAGAAAUGCUGGUUUCCUUUAGCCUGUCCCUGCUCUCCAUGCCAAGCCCUUGCAGAGAACACAGCAUGGACUCUCCUAUUUAAGUCUCCACCUGUCCUGGAAGGGAUGUAUGGUCCCUACCUACAGGCAAGCAUGUUGAGGCUGGAAGAAGUGACACAAAAUCAUAUAGUUGAUAAGUGGCAGAGUCAGAAUUUCAUUCAUCGGGUAUUCAUCAAGUGCCUACCAUGUGUCAGGCACUGUUCUAGGCUCCAGGGAUUUGAACUUUUGUCCAUUUGAUCCUAAAAUCCUUGGCCUUUCCAACUGCAUCAUGCUAGUUCCCAAAGGAAACCUCCCUGUCUAUGAGAUAAGGGAAAGGGUGAGUCCCAUUUCCUGACCUGGCAGGUAUUUAAAGACAGGGAAGACACAACCAUUGGGUUAGGAGCUUCUGCUCCUGCAAGAAGGCAGGGGUGGAGUAGCGGAGGACAGACACCAUGUGAGGAUGGUGUACAAACAAAGGAACACCAAAGCACCCUACUGAGAAGGAAGGAAUCGACACUGCUGACGCCCUAAUUUGGACUUUUAGCCUCCAGAGCUGUGAGAAAAUAAAUUUCUUUACAGCCCCCCACUAGUGGUAUUGGUGUUAAGCAGCAAGAGGUAACUAAGAUACCUGGGCAGCUCCUUUUCCUCUAAAGGAAAAGAAAACCUCUAUUUUCAAACACGAACAAAUCUGUCUUGGAAAAAGUACAGCCAGAAUGCGCCUUAGAAACAAGGAUGGCUAGACUUCGUCUCACUUACUUUGGACUUGUUAUCGGUGGCAGGGUGGGGGGCUGUCCCUGGAGAAGGACACCAUGCUUGGUGAAGUGGAGGGUCAGUGAAAAAGAGGAAGUCCCUCCGUAAGAUGGAUUGAUACAGUGAUUGCAACAGUGGGCUCAAACAUAGCAAUGAUUGUGAGGAUGGCACAGGACCGGACAAGGUUUUGUUCUGUUCUAUGUGGGGUCACUGUGAGUCAGAACUGCCUUGACAGCACCUGACAACAACAUUUCCAAACAGGAUCAUAUUUACAGGUAUAGGGCCCAGGAUUUCAAUACAAAUUUACCACAUUGGGGGCGCUAUCCCAUCCCUAACACAAAGUGUUGAGAGACUUUUUAAAAUUGGCUUAGAAGCAGUCAAUGACAGAGGAAGAAACUGUUUAUGGAGCCUGGGCAAAGAUCACACCAUGUGUGUGAGCAGUGUGGAGAUAUUGAAUGCUGUGCAGUUUGUUCUGGGGAAAUUUGAAAAUCAAAACAGCGGAACCACUCCAGGUUAUCCUCUCUGACUUUGCUUGAGCCCUCCCUUUCUGCAAAUUUUGGUUGAGAAAAUUCAAGCUGUCUACUGGAAGGGACUAUGUCUUUGCUUGAUACCUUACCCAUAGUGGGGCCACACAGCAUGCCACAUGGGUGGGGCACUUCCAAAGCAGUCCUUUAUGCCCAUGACACUCGGUCACCGUGAGUAUAGCAACAGGGCCCAUAGUGCCAAGUUGAUUAGAGGUAGGAGCCAGGCUGGGGCAAAAAUGACGUGGGUGUCAUCUAGAGACAAUGGCCAAUGACCAUUCAACAGAGCAGUGACAUGGAUAAUCCAAAGAUGUUUUCUUGGCUGUGGAGUGCGCUGCAGCAGCGUUUCACACCACGUUAAACUUUUAUUUUCUGAAUCAGCUCUCCUGGAGUUAUAUCUGAAGUCCACAGACUGAAGCACUCCUCAGGGUCCCUGGGUGGUGCAAAUGCUUUGUGCCCAGCUACUCAUUUGAAGGAUGGUGGUUCAAACCCAGCCGGUGGAGCCAUGGAAGACAGGCCUGGUGAUCUGCUUCCGAAAGGUCACAGCUGUGAAAACCCUAUGGCGCAGUUCUACUCUAUACGGUGGGAUCACCAGGAGUCAGGAUUAACUCCAUGGCAAUGAGUUUGGUUUGCUUCGGUUUUUUAAAAGCAAGUCUCAGUGUCUGGGUGUGUAUCAGAGUGUGCGUGUAGAGAGGCGGCUCUGACCAUGGGCUGUGAUAACAGAACUACUAUCCCUGGUGCCAUCUUUAAAUCUUUUUAGGUUUCCCCUUUUCAAGGACGGCUGUGAAAAUCUCUCACCCGUCCCCACUCAGAGUGGUCUGUCCCCUCCAGGCUCACUGGACCUGGGUCUUAGCCUCGGUUUUAUGAACUCCUUGGAGGAGGACUAAUUCUCCAUCCCUGUGUUAAGGACUCGUGUGUGUUCUUAUAUAUGAAAGAUAUCGAGGUCUUUGGAGAGAAACUUCCACAGGAAGGGAUUCAAGAUUAGGGAGCUACAGGAAAAGCUUGAAGACUCUACAGGUUGGAGAUCAGGCAGCUGAAAAUAAUAGGCGCUUGCUCUUUGAGGGUCCUGGGGCCAUCCCUGAGGGGCUCCUAGGACAGUUUUUGGUAAAAUUCUUCCUUGUCCGCUCAAACGGCCCUUGCUUCACUUUCCAUAUCUUUUCCUUCUCUCAUUUUCCUUGCACCCCUUCCUACCCUCAUCUUCAAGCUACUACAUACAUAGUAUGGAGCCAAGGAACUUAAAGCCUGGUUCAUAUCUCUACCUUUCCUUCUGUUCCUCCCCACCCCUUUUGCUCUCUAGCCCAACCUGUCUCCCCACCCCCAGCUCCAGGGGCACAUUCAUCUUCAAUCUAACCCUAGCCCCGAUCCAACCCUAACCCCAAGGUGUGCCCUCCCCCACCCCAUGCCCUUUUCUUCUGGGAUUUCCUUGUCACUGUUUCCAGCCCCUUCCCACCUCUGCCACAUGUGGUCGAUGCUCCCUCGGGUACCCCUGCAGUCAGGCACCAGCUCUCACCUGCCAUGAGCACGUAACAUCCUCCCUGGGGGCCCUCAGGGCAUAAAUGGACCCUCAACUCCAGGAUGUCCUUUUAGGAGGGUAUUUCUGCCUCAAGGCGGGGUGGCCUCACUCAGCCAUACCUGUUAGCAUUUAGGGACAGGAGCCUGGGUGGGAGAAAAGGGAAUAAGAAAGAGUCAGCAGGACCCAAGAAGAAAAAUCUGCUCACUUCUCCACUGAGUAAGCUCACUGCACCUGGGGUGUAUUUCUCUUCUCUGAUAUUAGUGAUAUGUGGGGUUUUACUGUGGGCCGUCCAGUCAAUUCUGACUCAUAGCGACCAUAUAGGACAGAGUAGGACUGCCCCAUAGGGUUUCCAAGGCUGUAAUCCAUGUGGGAGCAGAUUGCCAGGUCUUUUCUCCUGCGGAGCAGCUGGCAGGUUUAAACUGCUGAGUGUUCAGUCAGCAUCUGAGUACUUAAUCACUGUGCCACCAGGACUCCUAAUGAGGGGUGUACCCUCAAACCAAAACCCGUUGCCCUCAAGUCAAUUCGCUAUGAAGCGACCCUAUAGGACAGAGUAGAACUGCCCCAUAGAGUUUCUAAGGAGGGCCUGGUAGAUUUGAACUGCAGACCUUUUGGUUAACAAGCUAUAGCUCUUAACCACUAUGCCACCAGGGUUUCCAUGAGGGGUAUAGAAGUAGGCAAAGCACACACACACGCAGACCAGAAUACUUGGCAUUAUUGAAUAUAGGGAAAGCAAGGCAAGAUUUAUAAACUAAAGUUUGUAAGUUUCUUUUGUUUACAAAUGGAUGACUUUACAAAAAUUAUUUGCAAGGGUUGUUGUUGUUAGUCGCUGUCACAUCAGCUCCAGCUCGUGGCAGCCUUAUGUGUAACAGAACGAACCGUUGUCUGGUCCUGCGUCAUCUUUGUGAUCAUUGGUGUGUUUGAGCCCUUGUGGCUGUCGUGUCAGUCCAUCUCAUUUAGGGUUUCCCUCAUUUUCACUGACUCUCCGCUUUACCAAAUAUGAUGUCCUUUUUAGCAAUUGGCCUUUCUUUCUUUGUUUUAAAUGAUCUUUCUUGAUGAUAUAUCCAAAGCAAACAAGUCAUAACCUUGCCAUUCUUGCCUCUAGGGAGGAUUCUGGUUUUUGCAGGCUGAUUUUUGAAAGUAGAUUGCCAGGCCUUUCUUCCUAGUCUGUCUUAGUCUGGAAGCUCUUGCAAGGGCUGAGUUUUCUAAAUAAGGGCAGGAGAGCAUCACAGAAGGCAGUGGUGUGGAUGUCUCCCAGCAUUUGAAAGGCCAGGUCCAAGCUCAGAAACCAUGUGACCUUAGCUUUGGAGGCUUGCGGCUUUGCCUGCAAUUCCAUUCCCAACUGGCUGCCUUGACUUCCCUGAGUCUCAGGCCAGGGCAGGGUCUGUGACAAAACAGCUACGUGCAGUCUCUGAGUCACCCACCAUGCAGCGCUUUGGGGAGAAUGCCCUGGAUUCUCUACGUUCGAGUUCCAGAAGAGUCCAAGCCUGGGAAGGCAGGAGACACGCAAGAUGAGCCUUACUCUUCAGCAUUAAAUGCUCCAUUCCCCCGAAAGGGAACUCGGCCACAUCAUAUCACCUCUUUGUACACACUUCCCGGGGGGGCGUCAUGAACAGAUUAGGUAUCAAAAUCACUCCUCCGCAGAAAGUCUGUGGAAAUUCCAUUUCUUUGAUGAGCACAUUGUUCAAAGCGAUGGUUUCGGGGCAGGCAUGUCAUGCCUGCUCUUCAGCUGAGGUGGCGGCAGAGUGCUUUUCUCUGUCAACACCAAUUGGAGGUGUCUCUCUUCUUGGCCGUUGUCACACCCACUGGGACUCUCCCGUUCCUCCAUGUGGCCCCCGGCUUCUCCCCUAGUGGAGCCCUUGGAGUCCUGAGCUGGUCUGCUUUCAAGGCAUCAGUGAUGGCAGUGGGGAACAGGAAGCCAUCAGCCUGUGUUUCCUCAUCCUUUCUAGGCCUGGGGGGCUCUCUGCCUACCUCUUCUCUGGGACACUGUGUCCUGUCUGUUUUGCUGAGAAGGGGAAAAUAUGUCUGAUAUCAGCAAGGGGUCUGGGGAUGUGUCCUGGCAGGAUGCUGCUGCCUGGGUGGCUCUUGGGGCCUGAGAAUCAAAGGGGAAGGCUUAGGCUACUAGGUUUAGUGUUGUCUUUGCUGCUGAUUUCGCCCACGGGGCAGUCAGAAGUUGAAAGGAGCUGUCUUGGCCAAAUGGCAGAGGCACUCCAAGCCUCUCAUCUCAUUUCCAAGGCUGGGAGAGACACUGGGCAUGGAACAUCCAGAUUUAUCAGCAGGAACACUCGAGCAGGUGCCCCCAAAUGGGGAGCUGGGUCUGGUGGGGUGGAAAAAAGGCUUGCUUUGAAUCCAGGCAUUGGGGCAGACAAUGGGGCUGUAGGGAAACUCCCUACAUGUGUGUAAGAGCUGCAGACCUCCUCAGAAUGGUGUGUGAGGUGACCUUGAUGCCCGCCGAGGAGGCUGUGUGAGGUGACUGUGUUGCCCACAAGGAGGGGGGUGAGGUGACGGCACUCUCUGUCUAGGAAAGGGUGUGAGGUGACCCCAGUGCCCGCUGAGGAAGAGGUGUGAGAUGACCAUUCUACCUGCUGAGAAGGGGGUGUAAGGCAACCCCAACACCCACUGAGGAAGGGAUGUGAGGUGACUGUGAAGCCCACCAAAGAGGGGGUGUGAGGUGACCCCACUGCCUGCUGAGAGGGGGUGUGAGGUGACCAUGCUGCCCGCCAAGGAAGGGAUGUGUUUUCCCAAGGCCAAAGCUGACAUCACAAUGUCGCCACAUGGCUUGUGGCCACAGCACAUUCACCCUGGGCGGCUCCUCAGCAGCCGCUGUCUGACAACCCCUCAGCAUGAGUCCUCUCUUAGUCCUUGACUGACAUGGGCAUGGUGCCCAGAGCAGAGCUUCGUCCUGGAAUGUGGAAAAAACAGCCCACACCUGUGCCUCGGGUGCCCUGUGCCUACCUGGCAGGCCAGAGGCCACGCUGCCUGCCCUGUGCUGCUGGGGGCCCCGACCUGGCCCUUCCAAAUAUCAAUGGGAGCGGGGGGACAGGAGCGAGUGGGGCCCUGGCCCUCUCUCUUCCCAGGGCCAAUAGGGAGCCCGCCAGCCAGACCCAGGCUCUACCAGCUGCUUCUGUGGACACCUGGUGGCCACGGAGCUAGCAACAGCAUGGGGAGUGAUGGACCGAAGGAUGUGUGCAAACACAGCCACGUCUCUCCCUGCCGCCUCCUCACUGCGCUUUCCUGCUGCCAUUGUAUCUCCUUGUGCUUUACUUUUCUCAGAGAUCAACAGUUGAUCAAACAUUUUUUACAGGUUAACGUAAAAAAAAAACCUAACUAGAUAAAAUAGCCAAGAAUAUUCCCAUGCUAGCUCCUUCUUCUUUUCCUCUCCUUACUGAGGUGAAACUGGUCUCCUAGGGUGGAGUUAUCCCUCUUUACUUUGGCCCCAAUCGACCCCCUGCUGUGUAGCCCAUUUCAAAGACACGCUCCUCUCUUGCCCGCCCCUUUAUUAAGUGUGUUUUUCAUGUUUAUCACAGUAAAACCCUUGCUACACCCCUUUUAUGAUCUCUGCCCUCCUAUGGGCCUGGAAUGUUAAAGAGAAAAGUGUCACAGUGGAAAACAAGUGGGCUUUGAAGAGCAGAACAAAACAAAACAGAACAGUUGCCCUCGAGCUGACUUAACUCUUAGCAACCCCUUCUAUAUCAAAGUAGAAAUGUUUCCGUAGGUUUUGUUUUUGUUUUUGUUUUUUUUGGUACUUCAGAUAAGAUUUACAGAACAAACUAGCUUCUCAUUAAAUAGUACACAUACUGUUUUAUGACACUGGUUACCAACCCCAUGACAUGUCAACGCUCUCCCUUCUCAACCUUGGGUUCCCUAUUACCAGCUUUCCUGUCCCCCCUGCCUUCUAGUCCUUGCCCCUGGGCUGGUGUGCCCCUUUAGUCUUGUUUUGUUUUAUGGGCCUGUCUAAUCUUUGGCUGAAGGGUGAACCUCAGGAGUGACUUCAUUACUGAGCUAAAAGGGUGUCCAGGGCCAUACUCCCGGGGCUUCUCCAGUCUCUGUCAGGCCAGUAAGUCUGGUCUUUUUUUGUGAGUUAGAAUUUUGUUCUACAAUUUUCUCCAGCUCUGUCCAGAACCCUCUACUAUGAUCCCUGUCAGAGCAGUCGGCAGUGGUAGCCAGGCACCAUCUAGUUGUAAGGGACCCAGUCUGGUGGAGGCUGUGGUAGUUGUGGUCCAUUAGUCCUUUGAACUAAUCUUUCCCUUAUUUCUUUAGUUUUCUUCAUUCUCCAUUGCUUCUACCCGUAUGGUUUUUAAUGGCUGAUUUUUCACAAGUAGAUUGCCAGACUUUUCUUCUAACGCACCGCUGGGUAGACUCCAACCUCCAACUUUCAGUUAGCAGCCGAGCUCAUUCACCGUUUGCACCACCCAGGGUCUCCUUGGUGAAAGCUGGGUUUGAAUUGCAAUUCUGCUGCUUGCAGCUGUGGGGCUGAGGGCCACCAUUGCACCUUCCCAGCUCUUUGCUUUCUUAUCCAGUGAAUGCCUGCACUGUGGGCCAUCAGCUCAAUGAAAGGGCCUGGCUCCUAGCAGGGGUUCAGUCACUGCUGGUGGCCUUUGCUCACUCCUCCUUGCCCCAUCCCUGUUGUUCUCAGCGGACAUUUUCCACAGAUACGACGUCCACUGUAAGAUAAUCUGCCUCAGCCAGAUGGGUCCUUCAUCAAUGCCCCCUAAGCAAAAACUCCCCCUUUGUCCUCCCUCCCACCCUGGUAACCACUUAUAAUCUUUGAUUUCUACAUAUAUUUUCUUAUUUCAUAUAAGUGAGACCAUACAAUAUUUGUCCUUUUGCCACUGACUUCUUUCACUCCACAUAAUACUUUCAAGGUUCAUCCGUGUUGUAGCAGGCAUCAGAACUUCAUUUCUCUUAAUGGUUGGGAAAUAUUCCAUUGUAUGGCUACACCACAUUUCGCUUAUCCAUUCAUCUGUUGAUGGACAUUGCAAUUGUUUCCACAUUUUGUCUAUUGUUAAAAGUGCUGCAGUGAACAUUGCUGUUGUCGUUGUACGCCGUCGAGUUGAUUCCGACUCACAGUGACCUUACAUGACAGAGCAGAACUGCCCUAUAGAGUUUCCUAGGCUAUAAUCUUUAGAAGAGCAGAUUGCCAGGUCUUUUAUUCUAUGGAGCUGCUGGUGGGUUUGAACUGCUGAUGUUUCGGUUAACAGCCAAGUGUUUAACCACUGCACCCCAGGGCUCCUUGCAAUGAACAUUCCAAAAAAAAAAAAAAAAAAACCCAAACCCAUUGCCGUUGAAUCGAUUCCGACUCAUAGCGACCUUAUAGGACAGAGUAGAACUGCCCCAUAGGGCUUUCAAGGAGCAGCUGGUGGAUUCCAACUGCUGACCUUUUGGUUGGCAGCCAAGCUCUUAACCACUAUACCAUCAGGGCUCUGCAAUGAACAUUAGUGUACUCCUUUUUUUUUCUUUUCUUUAAGAUAAGAAAACUAAGAGCUAGAAGGCAUGGAUGGGUCUUUUGCCCCUCUUGGCCCUAGAAGUGAGAAAAGGGUCGAAGACUCCUUCUCCAGCUAUUGAGUGGUAUCUCCCAGGAAUAUGAGCUUGAAGAGUGUGUUUAAAGGGUUAAAUCCAACAUCACCCACUGAUUUAUUCCAGGAUUACAGCUUUCUUCCAAUUUCUCUCGGUCUGGAGCUCCCUGUCAUUGGGAAAGAAUAUCUGAGAGAGAACCACAGCUUCUAACUGAUCUAGCUCUUUCUCUGAAGAGUUCACAGCUCCCCAAGAGACGGAGGGCUCCUAGGGACAGCAAGGGUUAGUGAUAUGAGUGAAAGGGGCUGAGUCACCUAGGUUUUCUUCUUGUAAUGGGCUUUUCUAGCUUAUUUUUUUAAAUUUGCAAAGGAAUUGAGCCUCAGCAAUUUCCUUGGGGAGCCAGGUUUCUAUCUAAUAGGACUCGACCUAGUAAAUAUUUCUUUGCUGGUGCCUGUCAUCUAGCUGAAUCUCCUUCUCCUCGGUGGGUAUCUAGAGACCUGAGUUUGGGCUCUGCCUCAUACUCAUAGUCUUCCUUCCCUUUCUUGGUUUCCUGUCCAGCAGCUAGAGUCCCCGAAUCAUGAGUUCCUUGAACUACGUGGUAUUCAAGAAAUAGGUCUGUGCAACCAUUCAUUUUAGAGAUGAGGAAGCCGAGCCCCUGAAACCACAGUGGCUCCUCAAGAUAGAGGUGUGCCUGGAACCCUAUUUUCCCACUUCCAGUCCAGCACCCACCAUCAGUCCCCCAAAGGGCACUGGAGAGACAAUCCAAAAAAAUAACCAAACCUGUUGCCAUCAAGCCGAUUCUGACUUAUAGUGACCCUAUCGGACAGAGUAGAACUGCCCCAUAGGAUUUCCAAGGAUAGGGUGGUAGAUUCGAACUGCUGACCUUUUGGUUAGCAGCCAAGCCCUUAACCACUGUGCCACCAGGGCUCCUGGAAAGACAAAGAGAGUAGUUAAUGGGAAGACAUUGGAGGGAGGCCUUUCCCAUGGGCUUAAGAGGCCAUUAUUAGCUAGUGUUUUUCAUGAACUCACUCCUGAGCUUGCUCAGCCUAUUGAUGGAGCAGUUAAGCGAGCCAGACAGAGACUUCAGUGAGAGGAGACUUCUGGUUUGAUGCCUAGGCUUCAAAUUUGGCAAGAAGCCUUUGCCAUCCUGGGUGCUUGGAUCCAGGUCCUGGGAGCACUGGUAGGAAGGGCGUUCCUGUGAGUGGACAUCCAUUGAAGAGACUGAUCUGGUAGGUUUUGGACGCCAUCUUCCCCAAGGGGGACUCCUCCUUUGGGAGGGACUGAGCCAGGCAGCCUACAUUACCCUCUUAUGUGCCAGGCACCUUCUCCAUUAAACGAGGUGAGGUUGGCAUCCUUGUUCAUCUCCAGUUUACAAACGAAGAAUACAGGGAUUAGGCAAUGUAGUUACUGUGGUAAUUCCCCUAAAUUUACAAACUGGUAAGUGUCAAUGCUGGGAUCCAAACUGAGUUUGUUUGACUCCAGAGUCUAUUCACUAGCUUAGCCAUAGUGUUAAACUAUGAAGAUGGUGAGGAGAAGGAAGCGUCAUUGCUUACAUCCCCAGGACAAGGCCAUGGAAUGGGAAUUUUGGUAAUAAGAGAAAUGCCUGCCAGCUUGAAAUGAUUUUCAGUUAUGUCCACUUUAGGCAGAAGGGUAGACUGAAUGACCCUCAGCAGGCCCUUUCCAAUCCAGUGGCUUCUAGACAACUUUAUGGAGGGAAAAAGGGCCCGCCAAGCUUGUUACCAUCCUCAAACGUCAAUGGUGCCUGGGGACAGGAUGAGGCCAGGCAGCUCAGCCUCUUCCUGGUUGUGAGCAGCAUUAAACCACUGCCCAUCACAGGGAGGACGAGGGCUUUAAAGCGUUGUACUGUGGAAGACCAGCUCUGUCCUCACCAGCUGCCAGGCCUUUGUGGAACAAGAAAGGGAAUGGACUUCUUUCUGGUUAGCCCAUUAUUUGAAAGCUGGGUCUCUAACAUCAUAUCCCCUUAUUUACUCCACAUAACAAGGUCUGAGCACAAAUGUGUCAUAGCCAAAAUGCUAAUGGCUUUCUCCCACCAUGCUACCCACCCUCCGCAUCUUCCCCUCCCCCUCCCCCUCCCCCUCCCCAGAAUGGGCCCCCAUUCCAAGAGGCAGCAUCUGAGCCAUGCCCCUGCCAAAGGAAACAGUGCUGCUAAUGAGUGGGAGUGUUCUUCUCCACCAGAGCAUUGAUUCUGGCCCAGGGACCAGGAACUCCCUACACCAAUGUGGGUGGCAGAGCUCCUCUAGCCUGCCGCCAUGCCUCCAAGAUGGAGCACUAGCUGUGGCCUGCACAGCCACAAGGGAGGGGACUGGCCACGUGCUCCUGGCCACACUCAGGCCAUACCUGGCAGACUUGCAACUUGAGUUUCUUGAAAUCACCUCUGCUAUCUGUUUGUGAUCCUUCGGCCUCUCUACGAAGUGUUCCAGGCAGCCAUUACUAAUCAAAAUGAGAAGAGAUCAUGCGUGUGGACAUGGUUCCUAAAUUGCAAAGCCCAUGUACAUAGGUCAGCUUUCUUGUUAUUAUCAUCACUCCUAAUGCUAGGUGCCUGUGGCUUAGGAAGGUUUAUGUGUCUUUGCUAAGGUCACGGAUCAAGGUUUCUGGACUCAAGUCCAGUGCUCUUUCAAUACACCAAGGAUAGCAUGUUCAUGGUAUAUGGUGCCAGUGCUGUCUUCUGCCCCUACGCAACCAUCAGUAAGUGGUCACAGAACUUGACCUCAGACUUAUUCCUUUUAAAAACAAUUUGUUGAGGUGAAAUCCACAUGACAUACAACCAGCCAUUUUAAAGUAAACACUUCAAUGCCAUUUAGUACGUUCACCAUGUUGUACAACCAUCCCCUUUAUCCAGUUUCAAAACAUUUCCAUCACUCCAAAGUAAAACCUCGUACCCAUUAAGCAGAUUCUCAUUUCCCCUGCCCCAGCCUCUGGCAACCACUGAUCUGCUUUCUGUCUCUGUGAAUUUACCUAGUCUGGAUAUAUCAUAUAAACGGAAUAAUGCAAUAUGUGACCUUUUGUAUCUGACUUCUUUCAUUUAGCAUAGAGUUUUCAAGAUUUCUCCAUGUUGUAGCAUGUAUCAGUACUUCAUUCCUUUUCAUGGCCGAACAAUAGUCCCUUGUAUUGAUAUAUCACAGUUUGUUUAUCCAUCCAUCCACUGAUGAACAUUUGGGCUCUUUCCACCUUUUGGCUAUUGUGAAUUGUGCUAAGUCCCUAUUUUCAUUUCUUUUGGGUAUAUACCCAGGAGUGGAAUUGCUGGAUCACGUGGUAAUUCUGUUUAACUUUUGAGGAACUGCCAGACUGUUUCCCACAGUCACUGCACCAUUUUACCAUCUGACCAGCAAUACAAUUUAAUAAAACACAAUCAUUUCCUCACUCAGGUUUCCAAUUUCUCCACAUCCUCACCAACACUUGUUCUUUUCUGCUUUUUUUGUUUUUAAUUAUACUUAUCCUAGUGGGUGUGAUGUGGUACCUCACUGUGGUUUUGAGCUUCAAUUCCCUAAUGGCUAAUGAUCUCAGACACCUUUUCAUGUGCUUGUUGGCCACUUGCAUAUCUUCUUUGGGGAAAUGACUACUCAAGUCCUUUGCUUGGAAUCAUUCUUAACACAGUGCCACUGCAGGCAGUCAUUACCAGUCAGAAUUGCCAUGCAAGUUUCAGCUAACCUCCCAUCAACACGCUUCUAGGAUUCGUGCUAGCUUCUUUGUUCCAGUCCCCCUGCUUUAUCACUGCCUCCUUGGGAAGUUUGAAGAUGAAAGAGACUGGUGUAGAAAGGGCGUUGCCCUCUUCUGAGAGCAACGAGGCUGGUUACACAAAUUCCUAACUCAAAAGUGAAGUGACUGCCGUGCCUUUGUCUGGUUUGACUAUUGCUGCCUCGGGCCACCUCUUUGAGGUGAGCAGAGCAGACCUACCUUGUAGUUAAUACCUGUCCCUGCAAGUGGCUCUGUAGGAAAUCCAGCCAAGAUGGAAAUAGGGAAGAUCACUUGUCCCCCCACCCCCAUCUUGGUCUAGACUUGAUCACGCUACCAAGGCCCCUAAAUUGUCUCAGGCCUUAGUGGGGGCCCAGGGAAGGGAGAGAACCUCUGACUGAGAGAGCCCUUGGUGACCCCAGUGGCCUCAUAAGCCCCUCCUGAUACAGACUCCAGUUUUUUUUUCUGUGGGUGUCUGGGCUCAGUGGCUUUUCACACCUCCCUCCUGACCCAGCUGAGUUAUUGACGGAAAUGAAGAAAAGAAAGGAAGCAAGAUCAGUGGCCGUUUCUCUUCUUUUUCUUUUCUUUUUUAAUGUUCUUUCUUCUUUCCUUUGAAAGAUCAAAGGAAGGCCAAAUAGAAUUCUUUUCUUCUUUUCUGUUUUUAAACCCCACCCCCUACUACCCUAAUAGAAUACAGGAGGGAAAAUUCCAGCAAACAAAAUUGUUCUCAGACAUCUUUUUAUUUUCCCUUUCAGUGGCUUUGAUUUAGGUCCCAUGGCUUUAAUCAAAGUGUUCAAGGAGGCACAGAAAGGAACGAGCUAAACAAAUUCCUGGCCUCACUCUCUCUUCCGACUUGAACCUUUCCUCCCCACUCUCCACGUUUUUUUAUUAUUGUUUUUUAUUAAUGUGAGUAGGAAAAAAUAUUCUCACAACAAAGGAGUAAGUGAGGACUGGAGAGAAAUUGUAUUUUCUGAGCUAAUAACUGGAUGCUGGCUCAGCCACGCUGCAGCUGACGGAUCAUUCCCGAAACUCAAUUGUCCCUUCUCUCCUCCCCUCUUUGCUAAAUCUGUCCAUCACUCUGGGCAAAAUAAAUAAAGGGCCAAUAAAAAAACCAAUCAAUCAAUCAUCUUCCACGAGCUCACGUGGUACCCACGGAGGCGUUUUUUUCUGGGGGCUGGGGGGACUUUGGAGAUGCUGGCUCUGUCACUGGGCUGAUAGAAGCACAGUGAAGCCUUCCAAGCUGUCAUCCCUGCCUUAGCACCACUGGGCGCACUACUCUCUCUGUCUCAGCUCCUACUGGUUUUCCCCAGAUGAUACCCUGUGAACACACAUCUAGAGUGGUGCGGCAGCCGGCCCUUUGGGGCUCGUUAUGGCUGGAUCCUUGGGGAAGCGGACGGCAUUGAGGACCAUGCAGGUGAAGGUCAUCAUCUUGGAGCAGAUUAUCAGGUGGCCUGCAGGAAGAUAUAUGCUCUCUUCACCUCUUUGCUCCAUGUGGCAUUCAUCCUGCAGAUAUUCAACGAGCACCCAUGCAGGGUUCAGAACAGGGCCAGCCCCCAGGGAUGUGGGAGCAUGCCCCGUCUGUCCUAAGGUAGUUUCAGCCAGUAGACUGGCUUUGGGGUAAGGGUGUGUCUUAGUCAUCUAGUGGUGCUAUAGCAGAAAUACCACAAGUGGAUGGUUUUAACAAAGAGAAGUUUAUUUUCUCACAGUAAAGUAGGCUGAAAGUCCAAAUUCAGGGUGUCAGCUCCAAGGGAAGGCUUUCUCUCUGUGUCAGCUCUGGAGAAAGGUCUUUCUUGUCAAUCUUCCCCUGGGCUAGGAGCUUCUCUGCACAGGAACGCCAGACCUAAAAGAUGCGUUCUGCUCCCGGUGCUUCUUUCUUGGUGGUAUGAGGCACCUAACUCUCUGUUUGCUUCCCUUUCCUUUUAGCUCUUGAGGGAUAAAAGCUGGCACAAGCUCCACCCCAGGGAAACUCCCUCUACAUUAGAUCAGGUGGGUGACCUGAGUAAGGGUGGUGUUACAAUCCCACUCUAAUUCUCUUAACAUAAAAUUACAAUCACAUGAUGGAGGACAACCACAGAGCAU